GACCCCGUCAUGGAUGGGGGCAAGGGGCCCAGGAUCAGAGACUUCCUGAGUGGGAGCCUGGCCAGCUGGGCGCUGGGACUGGCGGGGCUGGUUGGGGAGGCGGAGGAGCCGGAGGGGGAAGAGGAGGAGGAAGGAGAGGGGCCUCUCUGUCCGGAGAAGAGGUUCUUACAUCUCAGCGACGGGGCCCUGCUCCUCCGGGUGCUGGGUGUCAUUGCUCCCAGUUCCCGAGGCGGCCCUCGAAUGAUCAGGGGCCACGACGGGCCCGCAGCCUGGCGGGUGUGGAACCUGAACCACCUGUGGGGCCGCCUGAGGGACUUCUACCAGGAGGAGCUGCAGCUGCUGAUCCUGUCUCCACCCCCAGACCUCCAGGCGCUGGGCUUUGACCCCUUCUCAGAGGAGGCGGUGGAGGAGCUGGAAGGCAUCCUUAGGCUGUUGCUGGGGGCGUCAGUGCAGUGUGAGCACCGGGAACUGUUCAUCCGGCACAUCCGGGGCCUCAGCCUCGAGGUCCAGAGUGAGCUGGCUGCUGCCAUCCAGGAGGUGACCCAGCCCGGGGCCGGCUUGGUGCUGGCGCUGGCUGGGCCUGAGCCCGGGGAGCUGGCGCCUCCGGAGCUGGAGAUGCUGUCCCGGAGCCUGGUGGGGACACUGUUGAGGCUGGCUCGGGAGCGGGACUUGGGGGCCCAGCGGCUGGCUGAAUUGCUGCUGGAGCGGCAGCCUGCGGCCCCCUUGUUGCCUGAGGCUCCUGCCAGGACUCCCCCGGAGGGCGCCUCACACCACCUGGCCCUGCAGCUGGCCAACACCAAGGCCCAACUGCGGCGCGUCCGGCAGGAGCUGGAGGAGAAAGCCGAGCUGCUGCUAGAUUCCCAGGUGGAGGUGCAGGGCUUGGAGGCCGAAGUUCGAAGGCUCCGCCAGGAGGCCCAGGCGCUGUCGGGACAGGCCAAGCGGGCCGAGCUGUACCGCGAGGAGGCGGAGGCGCUGCGGGAGCGGGCCGGCCGCCUGCCCCGCCUGCAGGAGGAACUGCGACGCUGCCGGGAGCGGCUGCAGGCAGCAGAGGCCUGCAAGGGCCGGCUGGAGGAGGAGCGGGUGCUCUCCGGGGCUCUGGAAGCCUCGAAGGCGCUGCUGGAGGAGCAGCUGGAGGCCGCUCAGGAGCGCUGUGCCCGGCUGCACGAGACCCAGCGGGAGAACCUGCUGCUGCGGACCCGGCUGGGCGAGGCCCAUGCGGAGCUGGACUCUCUGCGGCUUCAGGUGGACCAGCUGGCAGAGGAGAACGUGGAGUGGGAGUUGGAGGUUCAGCGGAGCCUGGAGCCAGCCCCGGGCUCUCCUGGGGAGGCGCCUCUGCCAGGAGCGGCUCCCUCUCUGCAUGACGAAGUGAGGGAGGCAGAGGCCGGGCGGCUGCGGACCCUGGAGCGGGAGAAUCAGGAGCUCCGAGGCCUGCUCCGGAUGCUGCAGGGGCAGCCAGGUGGCCAGCCCCCCCUGCUGGAGGAGCCGAGCGAGGACUCCGUGAUUCCAGAGCCAGACUCAGCUCCCCAGACUCGGCUGGCCUCAGACCGUGGCCCCCAGGGCUUGGCCGGUCAGGCAGGGGAUGAAGGCCCCCAGGCUUUGGACCCGGCUCCCCUGGCGUCAGAUUCAGCCCUCGAGGGGUUAGCUGAGUGUCCUCAGGCAUCUGCUUUGGACCCAAAGGUGGUGGAGAGGCCCCUCCAGGCGGCCGUCAUGGUGCCUGUAGACACGAUGGCCCAGGAGUCAGGCCCCGCUGUAGAGGCACAGGAGUCCCUGAAGAAGGCUGGCCUUGGAGCCCCUCUCCAGACCCCCGCCUCUGUGGCCCCACCUCAGGGUCCAGAGAUCAAAAUUCAGGCCCAGCUGUCGCUGGGAGGAGAGACUGGAGAGUCGGUGCCCGAGGCCUUGGGGCUGAGACAGGAGGACCCUGAGAGCGAACCCGGACUCUCGGAGCCGCGCCUCCGCGGGCAGUUGGAGGAGCAGGAGACCCUAGGCCAGAGGCUGGACCUACCCAAGGGGCAAGCAGAGGCCAGAGAGCACGAACAGAAGUUGGAGAGGAUGGUCGGGGACCCAGCCCAACAAAAACCACAGCAGGAGCUGGCAGGGGCUCCUGGGGCCCAGACCUGGGAGGGGAGGAUCCCGGGGGAGAUCCUGGCCAGUGGUGUCCCAGAGCAGGAGGCCCUCAAGGAGGAGAUGGCACGGCUGAGGAGAGAGGCUGAGGCUCUUCGAGCUGAGCUGGAGGCCCAGGCCUGGAGGCUGGAGGCCCGAGGCACGGAGGCGGCCCGCCUCUCCGAGGAGCUGGCUCAGGCACGGAGGGCAGAGGCCGAGGCCCACCGGGAGGUGGAGGCCCAGGCCCGGGAGCUGGCCCGGCUGCGGGAGGCGGUGGAGGCCGCUGGCCGGGAGCUGGAGGCCGCGUCGCGGGAGCGGGAGGCGCUGGCGGAGGUGCUGGCAGCGACGGGCCGCGAACGGAGGCAGUGGGAGCGGGAGGCGCCCAGGCUGCGGGCCCGGGCCGAGGCGGCCGAGGAGCUGUUGCAGGUGCUGCAGAGCGAGAGCCGGCGGCACCUGGAGGAGGCCGAGAGGGAGCGCCGGGAGAGGCAGGCCCUCCAGGAG